UGCUAGUAGCCGCCUUGAAACCUUCAGAUCUGCGCCGCCUAGUUCCAGUUCCUCGACACAAAGUCCGCGUGGCCUCGUCUGCAGCCGUCCAGAUGGACACCAUGUCGCCCGCUGCCGCCACCGGAGCCAUCCACGCCGGCGCCGGCGACGCCGUCAUCUUGGAGAAGCCGCUCGGCGCCGACGUCGCCGAGGAUCCUACCUAUCGUAUGCCUGAUUUCAAAAUGAGCGGAAAGAAGAGUGACGAGCUCGAACCCACUGAUGCUGGUGAUGAAGAUGACGGUGGUGACGAUGAUGACGAAGAUGGUGACUUUGGGGAGGGUGAAGAGGACAUCUCAGAAGGAGAAGAUGACAUAUCAGAAGGAGAGGGAUAUGAUAACCCAAAGGGCAACGAGAACAAGAGGAAACAAAGAGGUGAUGCUGAGGAAAAUGGUGAGGAGGAUGAGGAAGAACCAGAAGACCAGGAGGAAGGAGGUGGUGGAGGUGAUGAUGAUGACGACGAUGAUGAUGACAAUGAUGAUGAUGACGAUGAUGAAGAUGGCGGUGAAGAUGACGAUGCUGUAGAAGGUGAAGACGAUGACCAAGAUGAGGAUGAGGAGGAAGAUGACGAUGAAGAUUCACUCCAGCCCCCAAAGAAGAGGAAGAAGUGAAGAUCUUCGAUCUGGCAAUAGUUACCAUGUGUUGAGUCCUGGCUCGCUUUUUGUCUCGUCGCCGCGUUUAAACUUUCCUUUAGAGUUAAGAAAAGGCUCCACACGUUCUGCGGCACCGCACGUGUGGGCUUGUAGGGGCUUUAUGAUUUGAUGAGGCAAUUAGGGAGAACUCUUUGUCAUUGUUGCUUGCUUCUGUGGAGUUGAAUAGAUGUUUCGCUAACAUAAUUCAACCUGAGUGAUGAAAGCCUCGAGAUUGAAUAUGACAU